CUUGUCAUUGACAGGCCAAACUUGUUUGUAUAUAUGUACUGAUCGUUUCAUUACCACUGCCAUGAAAGAUCCACAUUCAAAACUGGCCGUUGGUGUUGCCGAUGAUAGUUGAUCCGAACAUAGAGAUCGGAGCUGGUCGGACGGAACCGCACAAUUCGGAGUGCGAAAUUAAUCCUUCCCCACUUCUUCGGCCGUCUCUUGCACCGGAGCUCCAAAGUCAACCCGUGUUUUUGGUAUGGACCCGGGAUCAUGGCCGUCAUAGCUUCGGUGUAUUCGGGCACCGGCCACUGAAAUGCUUUAUAAUAAACACAGUCUUAUCGCAGUGAUUACAGAUCGCGUUGGCUGCUUGCCUUCUCAGAAACCACUAUAUAGUAGGCCUAAUAGAUACCUCCAUAGGCAAUUGAUUCAUCAGUUUAUACCACUAUAACCACUCUACCUCAGUAGUCAACAACUUGAACAUCAUAAAAAUGUCACGAGCAAUUCUCAUAUCUGGUGCGACCGGAAAGCAAGGCGGUGCUGUUCUCAACCAACUCGUCAAGCAAAAGGCCGGCGUGGAGAUUCUCGCCGUCACCAGAAACCCCAAUUCUUCUUCAGCUCAGAAGCUUCUCAAGAAAUCUUCCAACAUCAAGCUUGUACAGGGAGACUUGUCCGAUGCUGCCACAAUCUUCAAAAAUGCCCGCCAAGUUACAAAACAGCCGAUUUGGGGAGUGUUCAGUGUCCAGUCCCCUAUGGGUCAAGGAGAUGGUGCUGAAGUAGCCCAGGGCAAGGGUCUUGUCGAUGCUGCAUUGGAUGCUGGGGCCAAGUUCUUUGUCUAUACUUCAGUUGACCGACACGGCGAAGACUCUCUGAACAACCCAACUCAAGUUCCUCACUUUAUUACAAAGCACGAGAUUGAGAAGCACUUGAUCUCCCGUACCACUGGCACUGGUAUGCAAUGGUUUAUCAUUCGACCUGUGGCUUUCAUGGAGAACUUGACGGACAAUUUCCUGGGAAAGUCAUUUGUCACAGCAUGGAAGCUGGUUGUCAAGAAUAAACCUCUUCAACUCGUCACAGUGACCGAUGUGGGCGUCGCUGGCGCACAAGCUUUCCUUCAGCCUGAGAAAUAUGCCGGCCGUGCUGUGUCACUUGCAGGUGAUGAACUGACGCUCGAGGAAUUCGAAAAAAUCUUCAAGGAGAAGACUGCCCGCGAUCUCCCAUACACCUAUAGUCUUGUUGUCUACCCAAUCAUGGCGAUGGUCAAGGAGUUGGGUUAUAUGUUCAAGUGGUUCAAGGACCAGGGUUUCGGUGCGGACUUGAAGGCGCUGAGAAAGGAGUAUCCCCAGUUGACGACAUUCGGAACUUGGCUUGAGACAGAAAGCGACUUUGCUCGCAAAUAGCCGAAGCAGUCAUCAGGGAGCUCCGUUCGAACCUUGUUUCUUCGUAUGAUGAAGCUGAAGAUACACUUCGUGAUAGUCAUUAGGGUUGUAAUAAUAGUAGUGUUUGUCUUGGGAGUCUUAUGGAAUUAAUUGAGAAUGUGACAUCCAG